CUUUUAUUUUCCCAUUUUGUUUACUCCUCUUCUAUUCUUCUUUUUUCUUUUAGACAAAAAAACAGUGUGUUGGUGGUUUGUUAGAAACACACAAACCUUCAUUUUUGUCAAGAUCAAUACUUUAAUUGAAGAAACUAUUUGGAGACAAAACCUUCUCCUCCUCCUUGUGAAGCUUUCAAGCAAACUUAUUUGAGAAAUUGGGUCUUGCCUUCAGAUGAUACCCGAGUUCGUUCUACCGACUGUUACCUUGACAACAGAAACAUCGUUAGACUUCCCUGACCAGCAUUCGUCAACUGCUUGGAUAUACGACCCCAUCUCAAGCAGGGCUACAUAUACAGGGAGAGUGGUGAGGACAAGUAGGAGAGUUGGGGAAGUAUCUCACGUAGAGGUCACUCACGAGAGGAUCGACUAUCCUGUACCCUCAAGAUUGGUACUCGGGGUGAAUGGAGCGUGGAAAGCUGUAGAGGAUGCUUCAGUUAGAGGUGAGACGGAGGCCACCGUAGGUAUGGCGACUCCCAUCGUAAGAGCAGGGGAUGUAGUGCUUGGACCAGAGAAUGGCGAGAAGGAUAAGGAGCCGAUGCUAGCGGAAGAAGAUAUUAUAGGACUGUUUAGGCUGGUCGGGGACCAGAGUUUUGUUGAUGAAUCGUCUGUACCUCAGUUGGUGCCACCCCGAGUUGAGUCAGAGCUUCCACUUCCAGUGAAUGACCUCAACCAACUGUCGAUAGGAUAGUGAACUGUUUUGAGAUUUGAACUUGUUUCAUUAAUAUGACUAUUAGAUGUUAAGUGACAAUUAAGUGCGAAUAAUGUAUUGUAUAACUUUCUUUUUUGUUAUGAUCGAGUUUGAUAUGGAAUGAAGAGUUAACAUUGUGCUAAAUAUUGAUUUUCA